AUGUCUCAACCUACUCGCUAUUCUCAAAGCCCCCUCGCAGCACCAGCUGAGAUCCUCGCGCCCUCAACUCCAGUUCGCCGUGCCACCUUGUCUCCAUCACCAGAUCUUAGCGCUGCGGCCAAAGACCGCUCUUCCGACAAGAAGUUUCACUCCCCGCCAGCUCUCUCUUCUUCCGACAUGACACCACCGCCCUCUACUCAGAUUCCUGGAGCACCUCUUCGUCGCUCCCACUCUCGUUCCAUCAGCCCUACUUUGGCCAACCCGGCCGAUUUGGACAAGUCUCUAUGCGAUGCCUAUGGGGCAUCGGAAAAUCUGCCAACCAUUGAAGAUAUCGACAAGGCAAACGAGACCCAGCUUCGCUCGAUUGCUAAAGAUCUGCUCACCGUGGCCCAAGAGGCUCGCAUGUCUGCCUUGCACUUCAAACUGCAAAACAGCCUAGUCUCGUUUGCCAGUAAUGAGGCCGUUAAGCGGGCAGAGGUAGAGCACCAGUUGGCCAAGCGCGAGGUCGAAAUCCUUCAGAGCGCAGAGUACCGUCGCGCGCGCCCCACCGAGCCCAUGACCCCCAAGCAAUCUAUCUCCAGCAAUGACUACAAGACUGCAAUGCAGCGAGCGCAUGAACUGGAGGAGGUCAAUACUGUUCUGGAUAGGCGACUGCGACGAGCCAAGCGAGCCAUCGACGAUGCGCAUGCCCAGUCUACCGAGUUGACUGAGCAAAACAACAUGUUGAAGAAACGCAUUGAGGACAACCGUCGUCACUUCUCGCAAAUCUACAACUACGGGUCCCUAUCACCUGGCAUGCAAAACGAGCUUCACACUAUCUGCCGCGGCGAGCACACUGAUGGCCUUGCCGCCCUACUCUUCGCGGACAAGUUCACAAAUCGUCUCCAUGAACCGCAGGGCUCCUAUAGCAGUCAAACUUCGGUUCCUGUUACUCCCAAUCGCUCCCUUCGCCAGGGCCGCCAAUACCUGACCCCAGGCCAGGUCUCGCAUGUCAACCAAUAUGACAGCGACAGCACUGUCUCGCUAUCGGCCGCGGAGUCUGAGGAGGAACCUUUGCAGAGCCGGCAUCAAGAUAUCCGGCACACCGCCCCAAAGACCAGCACUUUGCUCCAAACCAAAUUGUUUGGCCAGGUGAAGAAGCCCGGUAUGGAACGCAAUUACAACAAGCGCAAGGCCAGCCCCGACGGUAGCAAUGUGGCCACGAAGAGGUCCAAGACAAGUGGCGGAGUGGGCCUGGGUAUUCAUACAUCCUAA